AUGUCAACAGCCAGCAGGAUGCAAUCGCGGGCAUCCCUGGCGCUGCCCUUCCAGUUGCGGCUGGUGCACAAGAAGUCGUGGGGCCAUCGGCUGAGAGACUUCAUCUCCGACUUUCUAAAGGCAUGCAGACCCGUUGCGAAGUACGUUUUCCCCAACUUCAUCGUGGUCCACUACAUCUACCUGAUCGCACUGUCCAUCGCAGGCUCCAUCCUGUUGUAUCCGUGCAAGAACACGCCGUACAUCGACGUGCUGUUUUUGGCUGCCGGAGCUUCGACGCAGGGCGGGCUGGCCACCAAGAGCACCAACGACUUCAACCUGUACCAGCAAAUAGUGGUGUAUGUCAUCACGCUGCUGUCCACCCCGAUAAUCAUUCAUGGGUUCCUGGCCUUUGUGCGGUUGUAUUGGUUCGAAAGGUACUUCGACAAUAUUAGGGACUUCUCCAGGCAGAACUUCAAACUGAGAAGGACCAUGACGCUACAACAGAGAGAACGUUCUCUCGGGGGUGGCAAUGCCGCUCGAACCAGAAGUUUCAAAGACAACCUGUUCCGUGGAAAAUUUGUCUCCAGAGAGGGAGGCCCGCAGCGAUCCGCCACGGAUAUGCCCAUGGACUCUCCUGACACGUCGUUGGCAUCGUCUUCCGUCUCGCCGUUAAAUGUUUUGUCCUCCAAGGACGGCUCCACCGACACUCAGAGCUCGCCCACCCACUUCUCACGUAAACGCCAGCUCUCAGACGUUGACCCGGCAGAUAUCUACAAAUCAAUAAUGAUGCUGCAAGGACAACACGAAAGGCGCAGUCUGGGCUCCGCCGCCUCUUCCACCAGCGAAGCCAAUGGGCCUGCUUUCAUGGUCCAGGAGCGGCACGAAAGAGUAGCACCACGUCAUUCCGAUUCGCCUGUUUCUCACAAACCGGCACAGACCAAAAGCUUCCAAAAACUGCCACGCUUACAGAGAGAUGAAGGCGACGACUGCUACGCCGAUGAUGCUGCUCCUUGUAGCCAUAUGGACACCAAGAAAAAAAGCAUGUCCACGACGCACGAUCACAACACUCCAAUAGACUCCCCCGUGCCAGAGCCUGUAAGGUCAAGCCAGGAAACCGAAGAUGGAGAUGUUUUGGCACCGAAGGCGCCAAAGGCGCCUUCGUCGUCUGUAGAUGAGGAGAUGAGCUAUUCGCCCGAGGAAUCCUUGAACUUGCAGUUCCCAGCGCACCCACCCAAGCCAGCUCGCCGUGGCGGUGAAACGCAACACCCUUUUACUAGAACAAUGAGCACUAAUUACCUUUCGUGGGAACCCACUUUUGGCAGGAACUCUGUCUUUAUCGGGCUCACCAAGCAGCAAAAGGAGGAGCUGGGCGGCGUCGAGUAUCGUGCUCUGAGACUGCUGUGUAACAUCCUCCUCAUAUACUAUAUCGGCUUCAAUAUCUUGGCAUUCGUGGUCAUGGUGCCGUGGAUCUGUACCAGACGCCAUUACGAAGAGAUUGUCAGACAAAACGGAGUUUCUCCCGCUUGGUGGGGGUUUUUCACCGCAAUGAGUUCAUUCUCAGAUCUAGGUCUUGCCUUGACCGCCGAUUCCAUGGUCUCCUUCAAUACUGCAGCCUAUCCCUUGAUUUUCAUGAUGUUCUUCAUCAUCAUCGGCAACACAGGCUUCCCAAUCAUGCUAAGAUUUAUCAUUUGGAUAAUGUUCAAAACGUCGAGGGACUUAUCUCAGUUCAAGGAAAGCCUGGGGUUUCUUUUGGACCAUCCGCGCAGAUGCUUUACAUUGCUAUUCCCCAGCGCCCCCACAUGGUGGUUGUUUUUGACUUUGAUCGUUUUGAAUGCUACUGAUUGGAUCCUUUUCAUAAUCCUGGAUUUCAAUUCCGCCGUAGUCAAGCAAGUUGCCAAGGGUUACAGAGCUCUCAUGGGUCUCUUCCAAUCUGUAUGCACAAGGACCGCUGGGUUCAACGUUGUCGACUUGAGCAAACUACAUCCAUCUAUUCAAGUGUCGUACAUGCUAAUGAUGUACGUCUCGGUUCUACCUCUGGCAAUUUCCAUCAGAAGAACAAAUGUUUACGAAGAACAAUCAUUGGGACUAUACGACAAUGGACAAAAUGGCAGUGAUGCUACCGAUGAAAACGGUGCGAUGGACGACGACCGUGGCGAUGAAAGCGACCAGAGUGACACCGCAUCGGCGAAGUCAAAACCGAAGCACCGUUCACCCAAAUCAUUUGUUGGCGCCCAUCUAAGAAGACAGCUGUCAUUCGAUAUGUGGUUCAUGUUCCUCGGAUUGUUCAUUAUAUGUAUAUGUGAAAGCAAAAGAAUCGAAGAUGUCAGUGAACCUGAAUUCAAUGUCUUCGCUAUAUUGUUCGAAAUUGUUAGCGCUUAUGGUACAGUUGGGUUAUCGUUGGGCUACCCAAAUACCAGUACGUCGCUGUCUGCACAAUUCACUGUGUUAUCAAAGCUAGUCAUAAUUGCCAUGCUAAUAAGAGGAAGGAACAGAGGUCUGCCAUACACUUUAGAUCGUGCCAUCAUGUUGCCAAGUGAUAAAUUGGAACAGGUUGAUCAUUUGCAAGAUAUGAAGGCUAAGGGGAAGUUAUUGGCCAGAAUUGACGAAGAUCCAAUGACUUCCUACGUCAAAAAGAGGUCUCAUAAAUUGAAAAAGGUAGCAACAAAAUUUUGGAGACGUUAA